CUUCUGCACCUUUGAGAACUUGGGAGAUGAUGGCUCUGGGUGCAGGGGGGGCUGCCCGGGUGCUACUCACCCUGUGUGCGGCCGCCCUGUGCGCCCACCCUCCGGGGCGCGCCAGCGCGAUACUGAACUCGGUGCUGGUCAAUUCCAAUGCCAUCAAGAACCUGCCCCCGCCGCUGGGCGGAGCCGCCAGCGCCGCGCCCGGAGUCCUGUACGAGGGAGGGAACAAGUACCAGGCCGUGGACAACUACCAGCCCUACCCCUGCACGGAGGAUGAGGAGUGCGGCUCAGAGGAGUACUGCUCCAGCCCUGCCCGCGGAGGCCCCCACAUCUGCCUGGCCUGCAGGAAACGCCGAAAACGCUGCAUGCGCCAUGCUAUGUGCUGUCCUGGGAAUUACUGUAAUAACGGAAUAUGCAUGCCUUCAGAGGAGCAUAAUCACUUCCAUCGAGGGGAGGUUGAGGACACCAUCAUUGAAACCUUCGGUAAUGAUCGCGGCGCAUCGGAUGGGUAUUCCCGAAGAACUACUCUGUCUUCACAAAUGUUUCCUACCAAAGGACAAGAAGGUUCUGUCUGUCUCCGGUCAUCAGAUUGUGCUACAGGCUUGUGCUGUGCUAGGCAUUUCUGGUCCAAGAUCUGCAAGCCUGUUCUCAAAGAAGGUCAAGUGUGCACCAAACACAGACGGAAAGGCUCUCAUGGGCUGGAGAUAUUCCAGCGUUGUUACUGUGGAGAAGGUCUAUCUUGCCGGGUCCAGAAAGAUCAGCAUGAAGCCAGUAACUCUUCUAGGCUUCAUACCUGUCAGAGACACUAAGCUAACUGUCCGAAGGCAGUGGACUCCUUUUAUAUAAUAUAUGCUAUGAAAACCUUCUGUGACUUUUGUCAGCUCAAUCUUUCAGGAUGUACAAAUUCUGUGGCUACAGUUAAGCAUUCCAAUAAUACCGUCUGAGAAUCUGGAGUGUAAGAGCUUUGUUUCUUUAUGGAACUCCUCUGUCAUUGAUUGCAGUAAAUUACUGUGUUGUAUGUAAAAUUUUUAGUGUGGCACUUACCUGUAAAUGCAAAAAAAAUUAAUUAUUUUUCUAAGGGUGCUGCAUUGUCUAUUCUUGCUAUGUAAAUUUUGUACACAUUGAUUGUUAUCUUGACUCUGAUAAAUAUUUUAUAUGAAUUGAAAUAAAUAAUUACAGAAUUAUACUUUUAAAUGCAUAGCCCUUCCCCUUUUAAAUCCUAGAAUCAAGAAUGCAAGGAACUUGUGGAAAGACAA